AGGGUGAUUGCUCGCAUUGUAGGGCCUGGAAAGGCAGGUAACGAAGAAUAAGCUCAAGAUUUCGGUUCGUUGCAUGUGAAUGGGCGCUGUUGGAGUACUUGUAAGGCCCUCCGCAUAAGAGCAUCGGAGAGAGCGACUCCAUUGCGGUAUAGAAAGCGGAGAAGGUCGCGACGUGACGGCCAAGUCAAAUCCGUAUAUCCAAAUACGAGCGCCAUUCUUCUCUGCGGGGUAUUGGCCAUCGGCAUCUGGGUAAAGCUGAAGACAAGACAAACCGCAAUGGAGAGGAAUGUCUGCAGCCGACUCUCAUUCUCCCAAGUCCGUUACAUGUUCAUUUCCGUUCACUCUUCUUCGGUAUCGCAGAGCCAGGAACCGAGAAGUGGUUCACGCCUUCAACAAAUUUCCCACCCUCCAUCUCUACUUGGGUUCUCACUAUAAUCUGUUCAUAUGCGGCUUCGUGUGGUGGCAGACUGCUCGCAGAGAGUGGUGGGGGCUAAGCUUGUGUGUGAGGCAGCGGAAGUGGGUUGGCGUGAAGACCACAUCAUUAAGCAGCGGAGUGCGGUCACAUUCGGCAAUCGCGGAUCUUGCGCUGACGAGGGUACGAAUGAAGUUGAGGAUCGAGUCGCUCGGACAUCCAGUAGUGGUUUGUGAUCACUGUAUAAUCCACAAAGUCCGUCAGUCACAACGCCCACAUUUCAGAAAGAGAUGUGCCCCUGGUGGUCCUGUGUCACCUGCCGCUACGCGAGGAUGCUAUUUGUUUGAACAUACGCCACAUGUUGCAUUUCCGACGACCUGGUGAGUGCAAAUUAUCAUGGAUUAAUCACCGCCAGCUUUGUUGUGAGGAAGGCUCGCGCUUGCAGACCAAAAGA